CUUUUCUUCACUCCCUUGCUAUUACCUGCUACCAAGCAGAAGGCCUACGCAUGGAAAGACUCGGAGCUUGCAGUAUCGGCUCGCUCUGGCCAUGGCAGUGGGACUUGGAGCGCAACGCAUGCGCACGCAGACUGAUCUUUGAGGGCGCGAUCCCAACGAUGUUUCUGGCGAUCUGCUGGUGGAUCGGUGACUUUGGAAGGCCUGGCACCCUUACUUCGUCAGCCAGGCCACUGCUCAAGGCGGGUGUACGCGUUCCUGACAAUAGGGUCUGGGUCGGACCGGCAGUUGUAUUGCUGAUGAUCGUCCAGACUGCUGUCCAGACGGCCCGGGCUACAGAGCCUGCGUCGCUCGUGCUGGCAACCGAAUGGCUGAUCGUCAGCCUACUAGCCAUCAUGCAGGCUGCCAGGUACACUAAGAGCGACCGGUUUGCAUUCCGUGGGCUGUUCAGCGGUAUGCUGUUUGGAUUUGUCCUCGUUCAGCUUGCGUGCUCGGCGCUGGAGGAGUAUUUCUCCUUCUUUGUCCGCAGCCAGUGGCACACACCAAUGUGGGGCGAGGAUAUGAGCUCAGUGGCCGCAGCAGUACAUGUAAAGAUGCUGGUAAACUGUGUACUGCUACUGCUGCUGCUGGUUGUACACCCGCUACCGCAGUGUGAUUAUGUUGCUGACCGCGUUUCUCAAUUGCAGGUUGGUUGCCGACUGCAGCCAAAGAGGCUCACUGCGGUCCCAGGUGCCAAGCUUGAGCCGUAUGAGCUGAGCCAGCCUCUGCUCUCGGUUCUGCUGUUCAACUGGGUCAGUCCUAUCCUUUCUGAUUGCCGUCGAGAGCACCAGGUAUCACGCAGCGAUCUGCGUGUGCCGCCAGAUAACUGCCAGGUCAGCUCAGCGUACGCCCGCUUCUCAAUGGGUGCCAAGCCUGGACAGCCAUUGGUAAGGCAGCUGUUCUCGGUGUUCAAGGUCGAUCUUGCAAUCCAGAUCGUCUACACUUUUUACAACACCUUCUCGGACUACAUCCAGCCGUAUCUGAUGCAGCGCGUUCUGCGUUUCAUUGACGAGUACUUGGAGGAUUCGUCGCUUGGACUGCGGUUCGGGUACUUUUUGGCGGCUAUGAUGCUGGCAGCUAGUGUAGUGGGAACUGUGGUUGAGCAGCAACAGCAGUGGCAGUCGCGCGGAAUAAGCAUGGAAAUUCGCAAUAAAACAUUGCGCCGGCGAGCACACGAGUCCAAAUCCAAGGAUGACAGCAGGAGGGACUCUUCAGAUGGACGGAUGUUUGGAUCGCUUAUUAUCGGAUGCUUCUACAUGUACCAGCUGCUUGUUGGCGUCAUGGCCGUUGGGCAGAGGCUGAUCGCACAGAUCGGGCAGACAAUCAGCGAGGUCAUCCACGGCAUCAUCUCUUUUAUCCAAGUUGUCGGCAUUAAACGUGCGAGAUCGAAGGUCUGGUCGCUGCUAAACCUGUGGACAGUCGGGAUGAUGCCGGUGAUAAUUUUCGUUGUGCUAUUCGUAUACAGCUUCAACGCCAUUGCUGUGUUUCGGGUUUUGCAGCGGGCGAUUUUCUGGAUGCCGGGUGGCGUCUCACACGCGAUCUCUAUCUACUACUUGCAUGAGGAUGAUGUGCAGCCUGCUGGCGAGAGAGUCGAAGCAGCUGGACAUGACCUUGUUUGGAAGCGAGCCGAUGACAGUGCGGCUGCUGAGGAAGGGACUCCACUUCUGCUGCAUGGCAGACAGCCUGAGGAUAGCCAGGCAUUUGCGCUGCGCAAUCUCACUGUGCGCUUCCCUCAGGGCGGUUUAACGAUUAUCGGAGGGCCAACUGCACUUGUCGGCGAUAUGACUGUUGUCAGUGCAAACGGCGUGAUGUCUGACAUUGCGUAUGUGUCGCAGGAGCCCUGGCUGCGAAAUGCAACCAUCCACCGCUAUGAGGAGCCUGAUCUGCGCACCUUCGUUGCUGGGGAUCAAUCGGAAAAGCAGCGUGUAGCACUGGCUCGGGCCAUAUACUCUUCGCGGAGGAUUCUGCUGAUAGACGACUGCCUGUCGGCUCAUAUUUUGCACACUUGCUUGCUGAGCCAAAGCCCGCUGAUGCGUGGUAGAACGCGCAUUCUGGUAACGCAUCAUAUGGCUAUGUGCCUGCCGCACUGCCAUGGCGAGAUAGAGGUCUCUGGAUGUGCUGACGGCGAAAGCCAGGGAGAGCAGGCGCCAGCCGACCCGAUGCCCGAGGAUGAGUACAAUGAUGAGCGCAAAGUAGCUGCAGAUACGCCAGCAGCUGCUGGCAGCCAAACUGGCAUGCAGGAGGCCCCGCCAACUGGUCAGCUCAUCAAAGAAGAAGCCAGCGUCUGGGCCGGAUAUUUCGUUGCAAGCGGUGGGUGGAUGCAUGUCGUCUUUUGCGCGGUUUUGAUUGUUGCUGACUACUAUCUGGCGCUCAGGUCGUUCCACCUUUCGUCAUCGGUGCUUCGGAUGGCGGCUAUGCUACUCACGUACCAUGGUGGUCUGCGCGCCUCGACUAUACUCCACGAGCGACUUACCAAUGCAGUAGUGUAUGCUACACCACACUUCAUGACGACGACGCCUAUCGGACGCACGCUAGCCCGCUUUGCCAAGGAUUUCCAGGUCAUCGACGAGAGCAUCGCCCUGUCAAUCACCCUAGUGAUAAUCUCGGCGGCUGUGCCUCUGUUUGCAGUGGUAGGAAUAGCUGUGCUGGGUGCCUACACAAGCUUUACGCUGGACUUUAUGCUGUCGCAGCGUGAGCUCAAGCGUCUAGAGUCUACCGUGUUUGCACCGGUCUUGUCGCUGUACAGCGAAUUGAUUCAAGGCAUCGAUACCAUUCGUGGGUUUGGUAUGCAGGAGGCAUACAUGGGCGAAUUCACGGAGCGAUUUACCGAGUAUGUGGCUUCAGACCUCACAUUCCGCCGCAUGGGGCUUACGAGCUCGCUGGUUGGAGCCACCACAACGGUUUUUAUUCUGUGGAAGGUGGAGUAUUUCACCAGCGGUUUGGCAGGGUUCAUUAUGAUCAUUGCGGUAAACUUUUGGCUCGAGUCCAUGGGUGUUAUGGGCUUUAACUCGGUUGAACGCGAGGCGCCGGCCAAGUCAUCUGUGGGGAACAAACCUUGCCCAGAUUUGGUUGUUGGUUUCAGCAUUCAUGCUGGCGAGAAAAUUGGCAUUUCGACGUUGUCGUUGUCGCUGCUGCGGCUUGUUGAAGCUACCAGCGGGCAGGUCUUGAUUGACGGCGACUUGCGCCAGAGCAUCACGAUUGUACCCCAGGACCCUGUUUUAUUCAACGGCACGAUCAGAUUCAACCUGGAUCCCUUUGGCGAGUACCCAGACGAGAUCCUGCUCGACGCACUCAAGCGUACGCUUCUGCUCAAAUCGACCCAUGGAUCGGCAAGGGACCGAAGCGUCGCUGUAUUUGACUCUCUUGACGACGAAAUCCGCCAGCUGGUGGCUUUGGCACGCACACUGACACGUCGGUCCAAGGUCAUUUUGAUGGACGAGGCUACGGCAUCGAACUCGACCAUUCUGUGCAUUGCACAUCGCUUGCGCACUAUCAUCGACUACGACCGGGUUCUUGUGCUGGAGAACGGCAGGGUAGAGGAGUUUGGCACUCCAGCAGAGCUAAUUCAGGCGGAAAGCGGAGCGUUCAGAACGCUGUGUGAGAAGAGUGGAGAUAUGGAGUCGUUGACCAAGAUGAUCAAGUGAUGAACGCCUGACUACUUUUUCAUGAGUCCGACUAAGCUCUUGUAUGUAGUAUGUAUACGAUAUAGAGAGUAGCAACACUAUACACAUUUAUGAGUUCGGAGUUUGAGAUUGUUGCAAAUAAAGACAUGUCAAAUGGUG